UUCUUGCAUUAUAAAGGUACAGAAGUUGUGAAUCGCCUUGACGGUGGCUGCGGAAUCCAAAGUUUUCGCAGAGGAUUCGAAGUCGUGAAGAGAGGGACUGGGCGAAAUGUUCACGAACGAUCGGAGGCAAGAGGAGCGAACGGGAAGAUAUGGAACCCCCAGGCUGCAGUACCUCCAGGAUUUGGUGAGCCAGUUCCAGAAUGCUACAGCUGAAGAAAUGAAAGAAAAAAUCGCUGCCAAUUUGGCAAAUUUUGCUUAUGAUCCCUACAAUUAUACGUUCUUGCGCCAGCUCAAUGUGUUGGAGCUUUUUCUGGAUUGCAUGACUGAACCAAAUGAGAAACUUGUCGAAUUUGGAAUUGGAGGGAUAUGCAAUUCAUGUGCAGAGCCAGCAAAUGCUGCAAUCAUCACUCAGAGUGGUGGAAUCCCCCUCGUUAUUCAAUGUCUGUCAAGCCCUGUUAGGAAUACUGUAAUGUAUGCCCUUGGAUCUCUUUACUACUUGUGCAAUGCAUCCAACAAAGAAGAAAUUUUGAAGCCAGAAGUAAUUGAUUUGAUCAAGAAGUAUGCUGCCGCUGGAGAUGUUAACAUCAACUUCAGUAAUCUGGCUAAUGCAUUCCUGGAUAAGCACGUCUCAGGAAACAAAUGAGAUUGGUAAUGGCUACUGUCAUGGUUGACAUGUGAGAUGGCAUUUUGAACAUGCCUUGUCUUUCUCACAUAUCCUUGCUGCCAGUAAUUGCAUACCUCCUGCCAAAGGUCAUUACUUUCAUUCACUUUGCUGCUUUGACAAAAUUUUGGUACGAAAUACUAGCUAGUGAAACCUUUAUACGGUCAGGCAAGUCGUUACCUUCUGGAGUAACAGGAUCUCCCGGUGCAAAAGUAAUUUGAAAAGGUUUGGCACUUCAUUUGCCUUUCGACAUUUUGAAGAUGUAACUUUUGUAAAGCGUUGUUGGACCACUAUAUCCCCAUCUUCUAAUGAAUCAGGUGGAGAUUAUCUAGACGUCAUUUGAUUGGCUUCUCAUCCCCUUCUGGUAAUAUUUUGAACUUGUUUCCGUUGCAUGUAAGAUGAAUUAAUCGGACUGGUUAGUAGAUUGGACAGAUAAUCGAUAUGAGCUGAGGUCUGAAGUUUGUGCUGGCCUCUCACGGUGGAGCAGAUUCAGAACUCCUACGACGCAUUCAUGGGAUUUUGGAUAGAUGAGACCAUCAUCUCUCUUGAGAAGUAUAUGUUAAUUGUUAUAUUACAAAUUUGCAAGCUAAGCUGCCUAGGAGUGGUGUACCUCGUAAGUAUAAGAAUAUUAUUACUCUGUAUUCUCCCUCGUACUUUGAGGAAGUUGAUAAUAUUUUCCCUGUAUCUCGGACAGAAUUGCUAAAUAAACCAUUGUUACGAUUAAA